UCUCUUGGGUACAAAAUGACGGCAAACUCGGGACUAUAAAUUACUAGAAUUAAUUUUAAACGCAAAAAUAGACAGUUCACAUACUCCUUCCUAGUAUUCCGCCGCUCUUGACCCGAAGCAAUACACCAUCACCUUCGUACAGCGAAUCCAAUGGAGGCUGCAGCGGUGCCAGCGCAUAUGAUUGGAGAAAAGGCGGGGAUCUUGGCGGAGGACUUCGAUCCGACGGCUGUGGUUGACGUUGAGCCUCUGCCUCCGGUUGUGACGUCGGAUGAUGUCGUGGGAAGUAAAGAAGGGAAGAAUCAAAAUGGCGGAGAGAUUGUGUUAGGCAGAAAUGUGCACACCGAGUGUCUUGAGGUCACAGAGCCCGAUGCUAACGAUGAGUUCACUGGUGAUAGGGAGGCUUAUAUGGCUAGCGUUUUGGCUAGGUAUCGAAAGACCUUGGUUGAAAGAACCAAGCAUCAUUUAGGUUAUCCUUAUAAUCUGGACUUUGAUUAUGGUGCUUUGGGACAGUUGCAGCAUUUCUCCAUAAACAAUCUUGGUGAUCCAUUUAUUGAGAGUAACUAUGGUGUCCAUUCAAGACAGUUUGAAGUUGGUGUUUUAGAUUGGUUUGCCCGUCUAUGGGAGAUAGAGAAAAGUGAAUACUGGGGUUACAUGACAAACUGCGGUACAGAAGGAAAUCUUCAUGGGAUUUUAGUAGGGAGGGAAGUGUUUCCAGAUGGAAUUCUGUUUGCAUCACGAGAGUCGCAUUAUUCUGUCUUCAAAGCAGCUCGCAUGUAUAGAAUGGAAUGUGUGAAGAUUGACUGUCUGAUCUCUGGUGAAAUUGAUUGUGCUGAUUUUAAAAUUAAACUACUUGCUAACAAGGACAAACCAGCCAUCAUCAAUGUUAAUAUAGGCACAACUGUCAAAGGAGCUGUUGAUGACCUUGAUCUUGUCAUACAAACCCUUGAAGAAAGUGGAUUUACACAUGAUCGGUUUUACAUCCACUGUGAUGGAGCUUUGUUUGGACUUAUGAUGCCUUUUGUCAAGCGUGCGCCAAAGGUCACUUUCAAAAAGCCCAUUGGAAGCGUGAGUGUUUCUGGUCACAAGUUUGUUGGCUGCCCAAUGCCAUGUGGUGUGCAGAUAACAAGGAUGGAACACAUUAAUACUCUCUCAAGGAAUGUUGAGUACCUUGCUUCAAGGGAUGCCACAAUCAUGGGAAGCCGCAAUGGCCAUGCUCCCAUCUUCCUUUGGUACACUCUCAACAGAAAAGGCUACAUAGGAUUCCGGAAAGAAGUACAGAAGUGUCUCAGAAAUGCUCAUUACUUGAAGGACCGCCUACUUGAUGCUGGGAUUAGUGCUAUGUUGAAUGAACUCAGCAGCACAGUUGUGUUUGAGCGGCCUCGAGAUGAGGAGUUUGUGCGCCGGUGGCAACUAGCUUGUCAAGGGAAUAUUGCACAUGUGGUGGUGAUGCCCAAUGUCACCAUUGAGAAGUUGGAUGAUUUCUUGAAUGAAUUGACUGAGAAGCGCUCAACUUGGUAUCAGGAUGGACAAGUUCAGCCUCCGUGUAUUGCAGCAGAUGUGGGAAAUGAGAAUUGUGCUUGUGCUCAGCAUAAAUGAAGAAUUGUCACGAGAAUUAUUACUCUGUUGUAGUCGUUGUUUCAUUUUGCAACGGAAGACUUUGAUUAUUUUAGAGUCCGGAUUGUUAGGCCUUUCUAUUGCCCUAUGUUUCCAUAAUUUCAUAUAUUCUGUUUGACUUGUCCUGCUAUUAUACUCUUACUGCUGUGGUGGCAGAAUUGUCAUAAAUUGAGAUGUGCCCAAAUAUUAGGAUUA